AACAACGUGGGUAAACAGCGACAUGUAAAUUACACUAAAUGCUUCAAAAAAACACGAAAAACCAAGAGCUCUUUGUAUAAAUGUCGGAAGUAAAUAUGACUUGCACUGCGUCACAUUGGAUUUAACAUUUUAGUAGCUGCAAAUGUAGUAUAUCAGCAGCAGUUCAUUGCUUGCGAGUGCAAUGUAACGAGCACUACUGACGUCUUUCAAAAGAAAUUAACACACUUGAACGAGUCAUGUCGAAAACAAAGGUACGAAAGCCUUGGCAGAGUGGAAAAUACACAGUAUAUCUAUGGGAGUUUCUAUACAGUUUACUACAAGAUCAUGAAUGCCAAUCGCUUAUUUCAUGGACAAACCAGGAGAUUAAGGAGUUUCGAAUGAAAAAUGUCAAAGAGAUUGCGAAACUGUGGGGAACUGCGAAAAAUAGGCCAACUAUGGACGAUAAAAAACUUCUACGAGCUUUAAGAUACUAUUACAAGACGAAUAUAUUGAGAAAGAUCAAAGGACAGAAAGGAGUGUACCAAUUUCUUUCACUACCGUAUGAAGUGGAAAAAAAGAGCGACGACCUCAAUGUAGAAAACGAACUUGAAUCCGAAACAUCUGAGCAACCAGUUGAGAGCAACACCUGGGAAAAUAUGGGGAGUGGAGGAACAGACGAUUUAUCAUCAAUUGAAGAAGAUUCAAAUACUGGUGAUGCCUCGAUCGCAUGUCGUGAUAUAGUAGCUGUAAAAGACGAACAGACCGUUUUCACUAAUGUAUAUGAUGCAAGGGAAAACAGCAGCUCGUCAUCGGAGAGUACAGAAUCAGGAAAUGAAAACAGUGCGAAAUAUAUGGAAGAUAUUAAAGCGGACAUUAUCGAUGUUGACUUUCCGGACUCAGCACAAGAAAACAUGGACUGCGUUUUUGAAAAUGAAAGUUUAAUGCACAGAGACUUUUAAUAUUAA